GAGCAGGUAGCGAAAUGGGCCCCGGAUCUGGUAGAUCACAUCUACAAUCGACUCCGUUCUCAUCAGUUCAACCGCAUAGACUUGCAGGCGUUGGAGUUCAGCGGCUUUUUGGAGAGGUAUCUGUGGCCACACGUGUUAAGGGCAAAGCGACAGGACGAACAGGAUGCAGAUGUUGAGGAACUGAAGAGCAAAAUUGCAGCUAUCGAGGAGAAAGAGAAGGAAGAUGCUGAGAAGCCCAAGGAUGACGAAGGCAAGAAGGAAGAAGGAGAAGAUCAUGGAACAGCAGUGUCAGCUGAAGGUGAGAAGAAGGUGGAUGCAGCGGAAGGUGAAAAGGUAGAAGAAGCUUCGAAAACGACUACAUCAAAUGGUGGGGAUGCUGAUGCAAAAACAGACAGUGAAAAGAAAGACACCUCUACUUCAACUAAACCCACGAAAGACGGGGGCAAAGGAGACGUGAAGGGUAAAGGCAAGAAAGGGAAGAAGGGAUCCUUUGCUGCUGCUGCUCUCCCUAUCGACGAAGCGCGCAUGUUUCCAACUACUACUGUGAAUGGAAACGCACAAAACGCUUCUACGUUUCACCAGCAAGUCGCGCAGACCAUCAAGUUGCCGUUGAUGGACGUCGAUGCCCUGUGCGAGCCAAGAGCUCUAAGCAGGUCGCAUGUUUUGCUGAUCGUGCUCAUGUUUUUGGAAAAGUUCCGGGAUUCAGUUGACGGCUUUCAGACCAUCGAUAUCGCUUGCGCAAACCGCUUUUCGCUGUUUUUUGAAGCCUUCCUAGACCAGGUGAAUGCGCCAGACUGCUUGGUAACGUAUGCAACAGCGACCCAACGGGUAUCUACGAGAAAAGUUCGUUUGUCGAGACGAGAAUACACUUUCUAU